AGAAAAGCGAGGAGGUGGAAGCUCCGCAGAGGAGAGACUCCCGGGCCACGGAAGGUGCACCUGCGCGCGCGCGCUUUUACUACAUCUAUCGGAUGAUGAAAAGUUUGAUGAAGACGACACUGAUGAAGAAGAAGAUGAUGAUGAUGAAGGCGAGCGCAAGGUUAUGAACACAAAAUGUUGGGAAAUCCACAAAGUUGUUGGAAGAUGCUGGCUCCGCCCCCCACCCCCCACCCCCUGAGAGUGAGGAGUUUACGGGUGAGGGAGGGAGAGAGAGAGAGAGGGAGAGGAGCGCGAGCGCAGUUGUUUGGACUUAGUCCCGUCUUUCGUCACACACGGUGCAGCCGCGCGCUCUGAUCGGUGCCGGACCGCGAAGCGGACAGUUUAAGGCGCAGCGCGCAAGGUGGAAGCUAUCGGGACGUUAGUCGCGUGCGGCUCCGGGACCUGCUUUACCUGGGUGACUUUAUUUCUUUUUGUCAUUUUUUUCUUUUCUUUUUUUUUAUUUUUAUUUCGGUUCUGCGCCCACACCUGACACCUCCACGCCCGCGGAGGAUGCUGCCGCCGCUCCGUCAGUGACCUCCCUGCGCCGUCCGGACCGGGCUUUCUCCACGAACGCGGUGGUUCCAGGAGGGACAGCCUGUCACGACAGUGAAGUGGGCUCAAAAGUGGAUGAAUAAUCCCCCUCCCCUAGAAGAUUGGAUCCUCCACAGACGCACAUUCGGACAGAAUUCUGGGUCCUGCUGGAUUCUGGCGGAUUUUUGCCGCGUCUUAAGCCGGGAAGCGGCGCCGCAGACGCCGUGCUGGAGCGCACAGAGCGGGGGUCCCGCGCGGCUCUUACCCGUUUCAGGGUGAUGCUGUCCGGUGAAGACAUGGCUGUUCUGAGGUGGGGAUGUCUGGUGCUCCUGACCAUCGUGCUGAUGGUUCCUUGUGGCGCCGUUCCCUCUAACAACAUUUACAAACUGUCUGAGGAGCAGCCGCCCAACACACUGAUCGGCAGUCUGGCAGCGGACCUGGGCCUGCCCGAUUCCGGACACCUCUACAAACUAGAAGUGGGUUCGCCAUACUUGAGAGUGGACAGCAAGACCGGUGAAAUCUACACCACAGAGAUCCCCAUCGACCGAGAGACUCUGAGUGACUGCCGCAACCUGUUUGAAGACGACAAAUGCUUCCUAGAGUUUGAGGUGUCGAUCACGGACAUGGUGAAGGGGAUCGGCUUGGGUCCGCGGCUGAUCGAAGGCAUCAUCGAGGUGCUCGAUAUCAACGACAACACACCGCAGUUCUCCUCGCCCAUCCUCACCCUCUCCAUCCCUGAGAACACGCACACCGGCACCCUCUUCUCUAUCCCCGUCGCAGUGGACCGGGACUCAGGCUCCAACGGCGUGGCUGAGUACGCUCUGAGCGCCGGCCCGGACGCCAAUCAGCUCUUUGGCCUACAAGUUGCUGAAGAUGUUGAUGAAAAAAUUCCACAGGUGAUUGUCAUAGGGAACUUGGACCGGGAGAAGAAGGACUCCUAUGACCUGAACAUCCGAGUGGUGGAUGGCGGGAAACCACCGAGGGCAAGCAGCGCACUGCUGAGAAUCACAGUGACGGACCAGAACGACAACGCGCCAAAGUUUGAGAAAAACCAAUACGAGGCUGAGCUUCCGGAGAACAGUCCGCCCGGACACUCCGUGCUGCAGGUGAGAGCCAACGAUGCCGACACUGGUGCCAAUGGAGAUAUAGACUACAGCCUUCAUCAGGCUUCCGACACUGUCCAGAGACUUCUCCGCAUUGACCGCUCCACAGGCAUCAUCUAUGUCAAAGGUCUGGUGGACAGAGAGGAGGACAACUUACUCAAGUUUUAUGUGGUUGCCAGAGAUCGUGGGCCAAACUCCAAGAGUUCCAAGGCACAGGUGACCAUCAGUAUCAAGGACCAAAAUGACAAUGCACCAGCCAUUGAGAUUCGAGGUAUUGGUUUGGUAAUUCACCAGAAUUUUGUGGCCAACAUCUCUGAGGACAUGCCAAUAGGCACCCCAGUGGCACUGGUUCAAGUGUCUGACCGUGACGAAGGGGAAAACGCAGUGGUGACGUGCGUGGUGGCUGGAGAUGUGCCGUUUCAGCUCCGACCUGCAAGUGAGUCAGCCAACGAUCGAAAGAGGAAAUACUUCUUGCAGACAACAACCCUGCUGGAUUAUGAACGCAUUAAGGAUUACAGGAUUGAAAUAGUUGCCGUGGAUUCUGGGAACCCAGCUCUGUCCAGCACCAACUCCCUUAAAGUCCAGGUCACAGACAUAAAUGACAACACACCAAGUUUUUCUCCUGCACUGCUUGAGGUGAACUUUGCAGAAGAUAAUCAGCCUGGUGAUAAAGUGAUUGAUGUUGUGGCAACAGAUGCAGACAGUGGAGUCAAUGCAGAGCUGGUCUACAGCAUCAUUGAGUCGUCGGCUGCCAGCCUCUUUGAGAUUAAUUCCAACACUGGGGAGAUUCGGGUGAGGAACCAGUUGGAUCGUGAAGAUGUGGAGCGUUAUGAGUUUGGCGUGGCAGCAGCGGAUAAGGGUGUUCCAAGUAAAACUGGGACUGCAAUAGUGGUGAUAAAUGUUGAAGACCGCAACGACAACGACCCAAAGUUUAUGCUAAGUGGUUACAGUUUCUCUGUCAAUGAGAACAUGCCUCCACUCAAUCCUGUUGGCGUCGUUACUGUCAGUGAUGCCGAUAAGGGGGAGAAUUCCCAGGUGACGCUGUUUGUGGAACCAGACAAUGGCAAGUUCAUCAUCCAAAACGGCACAGGAACCAUUCUUUCCAGCAUUUCUUUUGACCGGGAAAAGGAAAGUACCUACACCUUCCGUCUUAAGGCUGUUGAUGCCGGUGACCCACCUCGAUCCUCCUAUGUUGGUGUAACUAUCAAUGUCCUAGAUGAGAACGAUAACGCCCCCUACGUCACGAAACCUGCCAACUCAUCCUACACACACCUGAAGCCAAGCUCCCCGCCAGAUACUCCUGUUGAGGUGGUGAAAGCUGAGGACAUUGAUGCUGGAGUCAAUGCUGAGCUGUAUUACACCAUAACCGGAGGGAAUCCUCACGGCCUUUUUCAGAUCUCCCACAACAGCGGAGAGAUCAAACUGGCUCAGGGAUUCACCGGCAAACACAAGGGGCUCCACCGACUCGUCGUGAGAGUCAGCGAUAAAGGCAAGCCUCCUCGUCACACCACCGCCCUCGUCCACGUUUAUGUCAAUGAGACCACAAACAACGUGACCCUCAUCGAAGGACUGGUUGGCCACAGUCUCUACACGCCUCUGGACAGAGACAUCGCUGGAGAUCCCAACUACGACCCUGCUCAACGAAGCAACAUUGUGUAUGGCAGCCUUGCAGGUAUAGCUGGUGUGAUUCUGAUCAUUGUUGCUGUGGUGGUUAUCAGAUACUGGCUGCAAAACGAUACCAAGAGCGGCUACCAGGCCGGCAAGAAGGAGAACAAAGAUCUUUAUGCUCCAAAGCAGGGUCCUAAAAAUGGCAAAGGGAAAAAGAGCAAGAAGAACAAAGCUCCAAAGCAGCCCAAGCAGCUGGAGGAAGACGAGGAGGCCAGCUUACAGAAAGGCUUUGGGUUUAACCAUAUCAAAGAGAACAUUAACGACAGUCCCAGAAUCCUGCUGCCCCUCAAUCGCCAGCCAGGAAGCCCCGAUCUAGGCUGCCACUACCGCUCUAACUCUCCCCUGCCAUCCAUUCAGUUGCAGCCUCAGUCGCCCUCUGCCUCCAAGAAGCACCUCGCCGUUCAGGACCUUCCCGCCACCAACACCUUCGUAGGAACAGGCGACAACAACUCCACAGGCUCUGACCAAUAUUCGGAUUACAGCUACAAGGCCAAUCCGCCAAAAUACAGCAACAAACAGCUCCCUCACCGCCGGGUGACCUUCUCCACGUCCAAUCAGGCGCAGGAUCUGCAGGAUGCGUCCCAGCACAGCUACUACGACAGCGGCCUGGAGGAGUCGGAGACCCCCAGCUCCAAGUCGUCGUCUGGGCCGCGGAUCGGGCCCCUGGCUCUGCCGGAGGACCACUAUGAGAGGACCACGCCUGACGGCAGCAUCGGCGAGAUGGAACACCCGGAGAACGGUGGAGCGUCGUCAAGCACCCAGCCGGAGAGGGCGUCCGGACAAAAAAGACUGCCUUAAGACAAAACUAAAGACACAAAGAGCAUCUUAAGCUUCCUUUUUUCCCCCUACUCUUUACUGAGAAACCCAUUAAGCCCUUGAGCUUUUUUUUUUCUCUGCUGCAGUUUUUUUGACUUUUUUUCCCUCUUUGGUCAUACGAUGUUUUUUGUUUUUUUGUCACAUCGUGGACAGUCACAUCUUGAAAACAUGUUUUUUAUCCAGAAUGUCCUGAACUGAGAGGCAUGUAUCAUCUUUGAGCUUCUGGGGCCUCCCCCCCCCCCCCCCCCCAUCACGCCGUUUUUAGGCUGCACCGCUUUUCUUGUAGAUGGAACUGAAGCCCGAAUGGACUGGUCCUGACUGCAGUGGAUCUCAGCCUUUCAUCAGUUUUUGAUGCCCUUCUUCUUUUCUUUUCUUUUUUUUUGCAGUCCCCCCUCGCUUUGUGGAAUCCGCGGUUUCCACUCUUAGAAAACAACUUUUUCCCGUUUUUCGGGUCGCCCUGGUGCCUGUAGAUUAACAGUCAGGGUUCGGAGGACAGGGUGAAGGGCAGAUAAUCAACGGACACGCCUUCUCUCACGGGCCAGUAAGAACUCUUCCUGCUCCUGUUGCCACCACUGCCACUCGCAAAUGAGCACUGUGUGGGAGGCGGAUCAGUUUUUAUGUGAUCUCUGUCAAACUUGAGCAGAGUAGGACAGCGUUGGUGUAAAAACCAGACAGUACAAAGGAACUCUGUGAUUCUUGGCAGCAUAGUUUAACAAGCAGUUUACCACAAACAAAACAUGUGAAUCAAAAAGACAGCCUUGUUUACUCCUUUUCGGGGCGUUCUGAUGCGGUUUUAGCUCCUGGAUGAUCAUUAGAGAAAAGCCAUCAAGACAAACAGCGCUAGGGCAACAAAUUUUAAGUAAAGAACAAUCAGAAGAAGGCGGCCGGUCCUUCCCGAUGGUCAUGAAGGAAAAGUUUGGUGUGAAGCGUGAAUGAAGAACACAAAGCAUUCACAUCUUUAAUCUGCCAAACAGCUUCAGACUCUGAGAAAACUUCCUUAUUGACUUUCUUGGAUUCAUUUGGUGCCAAAGUAGGAAUUUUGAUGAUAAAAUAUUGAAACAUUUUUCUUCAAAUCUUUUAUUUUAAAAGAAGGUCCGAACAAGCUUCAGACAAAUUGUAUUGAUUUUCAAACAAAUUGCUACGUACAGAAACCCACAGAUAUGAGUGCUUCUACAAAGUCAUGUAUGUGAAAUAUGAAGCUGGUGGAAGGAUGUAUGUACGCUCGUCUUUUCUGCUGCUACUCCACCUAUAGAAACCAAAAUUCGCUCCUCAUUUCAACCCAGCCUUUCCGUCUUCACUUACCUUUCAACAGCUCCAAGUAAAUAGUUUGUUUUUUAUACAAUUGAAGGUUUAACCUCCAGUUUUUCCAGUCAUUCAGGCAGUUCAAAUCCUUCCUGACAUGUGCGAAUGAAACCACUUAAGACUGAACCUCGGAGCCUCCGCCGGCUCUCUGCUCGUGUAUCUUCUGGUAAAUACAUUUGUGUAGGACUCAGCUAGUCGGCGUGUGGCAGAGCUUAGUAACAGACAAUAACCAGUGAUCAGAACAUGGACUACUUGUAAGUGCAUCAGUGUGUUUAUUCCAAAUUAUAGCAGUAUGUUUAUGAGAUAUAAAGCUGUAAAAUGAGUUUGAGUAUUUGUAGUAAUCGCUGGUUUUCAGUAGGAAUCAGACAGAGCAGCUUGGUGUCCUGCUGCUGUACCUGUGAAUGUACUUUGUAUCCAGAAGUUUUUAUUACAAUAAACAAGUGUUGAUAUCACA